CGUAUUUAUAUGUAACGCCUUGAUCGGACAGAUUCAUAAAUUAAGUUUUACAAGGAACUACAUUAAGUCUAGCGGUCUAUUGGAUUCUUUUGAAUUGUUGAAGCGUAUGUAGCCUUUGAGAUUCCCGUCGAAUUAAAUCAGCAUGCUCCCUCGCGCUCUGAGUGGUGCUGAUGUGUGCCUGAUGAAGCGCUGCUCGUCACAGGGAGUCUUCAGGACAGGGCGCAGGUUAGUUUUGGGUAUCGAGACGAGCUGCGAUGAGACCGGAGCGGCUGUGCUGGACGACACUGGACUGAUUCUGGGCGAAUCUUUGCAUUCUCAGAAACUGACACACCUUGAGACGGGUGGAAUUAUCCCAACUGUGGCCCAGCGCCUACACAGAGAAAACAUCUGUAGAGUUGUCCAGGAGGCCUUGGACAGAAGUGGCAUUGAACCCAGUGAACUCACAGCUGUGGCCACAACAGUGAAGCCGGGGCUCGCUCUUAGCUUAGGGAUCGGCUUGGAUUUCAGUCAGAGGUUUGUGAGACUUCACGAAAAGCCGUUCAUCCCUAUACACCAUAUGGAGGCACACGCCCUCACUGUAAGAAUGCUACACCCCGUAGACUUCCCUUUUCUUGUGCUCCUUGUCUCCGGGGGUCAUUCUCUUCUUGCAUUGGCCAAAGGAAUAGAUGAAUUUCUUCUGCUGGGGCAAACAUUGGAUGUAGCAGCCGGGGACACUUUAGAUAAGAUUGCUAGAAGACUUUCUCUUAGCAGUCACCCAGAGUGCUCGUCUUUGAGCGGUGGACAGGCCAUAGAGCUUCUGGCAAAAGAAGGAGAUCGAUUCGCUUUUCAUUUCAAGUCACCCAUGGGGCAGCUCUACGACUGCAAUUUCUCUUUUGCUGGUUUGCAAAACCAGGUGACACUGGCAAUAAGCAAAAAAGAGAAAGAAGAAGGUGUUGAAAAAGGACAGUUAUUAUCAUGCGUCAAAGACAUCGCCGCUGCCUCACAACACACCGUGGCGUCUCAUAUAGUCAAACGAACACAUCGUGCCAUUUUGUUCUGUAAAUCCAAAGGUCUUCUACCACAGCAUAAUCCAACUCUGGUUGUUUCAGGGGGAGUAGCAAGUAAUGAAUACAUCAGACGGACUCUGAAAAUUGUCACAGAUGCCACUGGAUUACAUCUGCUUUGCCCUCCAUCAAAGUUUUGCACUGAUAAUGGAGUCAUGAUUGCAUGGAAUGGUGUAGAGAGACUAAAGCAAGGAAAGGGGAUCAUGUCCCACACCGAAGAGGUCAACUAUGAACCCAAGGCACCACUUGGAUUAGACAUUACUUCAGAAGUUAAAGAUGCUGCAAUCAAAAUUCCCCCAUUAAAACUGAAGAUAAAUUCUUGACAUUGUGUUGAAAGGACAUUUCCUACAUAUUAAUAAAUGAUUCUUUAUUUAAAGAAAUUCAAAUGGGUCUGUUUUGCAUAUGCUUUAAUUCAAAGUUAAUGAUGUUAUUUCUUUUUAAAUCACCUUUUGGUGUGCAUGGCAGUUCUUGACCUUUCAGGUAUUUUCAUUCAACCUUUGUUUUGGGGCAUUGUGGCAGGACGUCUGUCCCGUUCUGACUCUGGGGUUGGCAGUUCUGGCCCUCUAUCUUAAAUGGUGUGGCAAAAGAGCUGGUGUUUCUCUGUCCCCAGUUGCAGACUGACGUUCAUUCUCUUUGCCAGUCCUGGUGAGAAAUGAUAUAGCGCAAACAUCUGUAAGUGAGAUAUAGUCCUCAUUGCUUUAGCCAGCAAUACAGUAUCGCUCUGUCAUACAUAAUUCAAUUGAAAUACCUUUAUUAUCACGAUGAGGCACAGGAGGGCUGCCAUUUAUCUCCAAACUGCAAUGGAGAAAACAGAAAGAAAACAAAUUAUGCUUGUGAAUUAUCAAAGGCCUCAUAUUUUAGCUACUUCAUUUUUACUUCAUUGCAUACUUUAAAAUUAAAGCACCUGAGGGAUGGAUUCCCUGUUCUUCUCUGUCUUUCAAACUCUGCUGUAAACACUUGCGAUAUUCUGGCAUCUUCAGCUAAAUUCUCCAUAUAUGUGAGGAGACUUUCUACAUUUCGCCAGAAGCUGUCGAUGACGAUGCUGUGCGAACUUAAAAUGUAGGAGGGGAUAAAGUAUAUUAUUUAAAUUCCAAAAUAUAUUUUUAAUUGCAAAAUAAUAAAUCACAAUUAACACUAUCACAAUUAACAUUUUAUUUAUACUAUAUUUUCAUUUAUUUAUCAUUUUUUAUUCCAUGGCAGAAACAAGCUUCCACAGUUAUGAAGGUGCGGACAGUUCUGUCUGACAAAGUGUUUUAACAGACGAUCCAGGGGAGACUCGGUCCAGACACCUGACCGAAAAGGAAGCACUCUUGGAAUAUAGCAUCAUUUUGGAAUCACAGCCUGUAAACGGGUCAUAGUUUAACACUAAUAGCAAUACAAGAGACACAGCAACUCUUGUAAGCAAUGUUUACAGAGAAACCCACAGGGGGAAUAAUGUUCCUGUCUUAUGAGUCUAACAGAUCAGUGCUGUCUCAAGACAGGAAGUGCUGGCCACUUACCCGCUGGACCAGACCUGUUCUGUCAUCGACCGGGAGAAGCUCAGCUGCAGGUUAUGGAACAAGACUGCAAAGGGAUAUCGAGAAUGACACUACCGGGAAUUUCAAGCAUCUGGGCGUCAUUGCAAAGCCACUGCUUCCUGUCGGACCAUGUGCCCUUAUCACACACUGGGUCCAGGCACUGACCAAAACACGAUGUGUGGACAAAGUUUAUGUGGUUACGAAUGAUCUUUACCAUGAAGCAUUCCAGCAGUGGGCUCAAGAAUUCCUCAAUGUUAAAAUAAUCAAUGAUGGAACAAGAAGAAAUGAGGACAGACAUGGUGCUGUUGCCUGUCUUCAGCUACCGGUCAAGUUGUGUGCUGUGGAUGAACACUUACUAGUUAUCGGAGGGUAUAACCUGCAUCAGAUUAAAUAAUGCACUCCAGCUAAAUGUUUAAAAUGGGUUUAAAAUUUGGAGGAAAAAAAAAAUUUAUUCAAAGAGGAUUUCAGCCUGAGGAAAUUCACAGAGAGGUUCUUUGAAGUGCAAAGUAAAGACAAAGAGAGCAACUUAGUGCUGUCAUACCAGUGCAAUGAUGCAGAAACUUCCAAAUAUGGGAUUCUGGAGUUGGAUGAGAACCUUAAAGUACACUGUAUGAAGGAAAAACCUAUCUUUAGUGAAACAAGUUCACAUAAUGCAUGUCCUUGCUUUUACUUGUUUUCAAGAACCUCACUUCCGCUUUUGGACAUUUUUCUCAGUGAGAAGAAUGCACCCCUUGAAGAGCGGGAUGCACCAGGGACCUUUCUCUCAUGGCUCAUAUUAAGGAGGCCUGUGUACGUGCACAGGAUAUCUGGACGAUUUGAUGUGGGAAAUCUUCCAUCAUACAUAGAAUGUGACAAAUACUUCAAGGACCAACUGCAAAAUCCUUCUGUUUAUUUAAUGUAGUUCAAACAUGUAAUGACAUACAAAAUAAAACUUAUUGCCAUAAA